GGGUCAUAACAACAGGUGACACCCCAGCUGAUGAUGGCUGUGGGGACUGCUGUGAUUGGCUCUCUCCAGUUUGGCUACAACACUGGUGUCAUCAACGCUCCUCAGAAUAUUAUCGAGAGCUUCUACAAUGAGACGUGGAGCAGCAGGUUUUCAGAGCCCAUCUCUCAGAGCACUUUAACAGGUCUGUGGUCGCUCUCCGUGGCCAUCUUCUCUGUGGGAGGGAUGUGCGGCUCCUUCUCUGUCAGCCUCUUCGUCAAUCGCUUUGGCAGGAAGAACUCCAUGCUCAUGGCCAACGUGCUGGCCUUCAUUGCUGCUGCGUUUAUGGGCUUGUCCAAGCUGGCCGCUUCCUUUGAGAUGCUCAUCAUUGGACGUUUCAUCGUGGGUGUCUACUCCGGCCUCAGCACCGGCUUCGUGCCCUUGUAUGUUGAGGAGAUAUCCCCCACGUCUCUCCGCGGAGCGUUAGGAACUCUGCAUCAACUCGGUGUCGUGAUCGGUAUCCUCAUGGCACAGGUCUUUGGGAUUGAGUCCCUGAUGGGGAACGCCUCCCUGUGGCCCGUCCUGCUGGCCUUCACUCUGCUGCCGGCCGUGCUGCAGUGUGUGCUGCUGCCCCUCUGCCCCGAGAGCCCCCGGUACCUGCUGAUCAACUGCAACGAGGAGAGCAGAGCCCGCAGCAUCUUAGUGAAGCUGCGCGGCACUGACGAUGUGACUGAGGACAUGCAGGAGAUGAAGGAGGAGAGCCAGCAGAUGAUGAGGGAGAAGACGGUGACCAUCCUGGAGCUGUUCCGCUCCCCCAUGUACCGCCAGCCGAUCUUUGUGGCCAUCAUGAUGCACCUCUCACAGCAGCUGUCUGGAAUCAACGCUGUGUUUUACUACUCGACUGGGAUCUUUGAGCGGGCCGGUGUGUCCCAGCCUGUCUAUGCAACCAUUGGUGCAGGAGUGGUCAACACUGCCUUCACUGUGGUUUCUUUGUUUGUGGUGGAGCGUGUGGGCAGGAGACCCCUUCAGCUCACUGGUUUGAUGGGAAUGGCGGUUUCAGCAGCUUUUCUGACGGUUGCCAUGGCGCUGUUGGACCAGCUCAGAUGGAUGUCCUAUAUCAGCAUUGUGGCCAUCUUCAGUUUUGUAGCCUUUUUUGAGAUCGGCCCCGGCCCCAUCCCCUGGUUCAUUGUGGCCGAGCUCUUCAGCCAGGGGCCCCGGCCUGCCGCCAUUGCUGUUGCUGGCUUCUCCAAUUGGACGGCCAACUUCUUAGUGGGGAUGGGCUUCCCGUAUGUUGAGCAAAUCUGUGGCCCGUACGUCUUCAUCAUCUUCACGGUCCUGCUGCUCGGCUUCUUCACCUUCACCUACUUCAAGGUUCCAGAGACGAAGGGCCUGAGCUUCGAUGAGAUUGCAGCAGGGUUCCGCCAGUCAGCUGGUCAGGGGGCUGACAAGUACUCAGCCCCUGAAGAGUUCAACACCCUCAGGGGGGACGACCCCGACCUUUGA